AUGCCGUCUAAUUUUUUUCUCGACUGGGGCUUGGGGCGGGGGAAAUGGUGUUCACGGCUACAGGCUACAGCUUCUAAUGGAGUCACCCAAAAGGUGCUUGGAAGCAAGGGCCUCAUUUCUUUGUUUACAGGAAAUAUGGCAAGCGAAGCUCCAAGUUGGGCUGAUCAAUGGGGUGCUGGUGGUAUUGGUGCCAUGGAAGAUGAUGAGACAAGAUCUCAAAAGGAAACAGGCAAGAACAAGAAUUCAGGUUCUAAGGGUGGUUUCGGUAAGGUCAAAGCAACUGCGUCAAAUUGUGUGAAAUGGUUAAAAAGCCUGUGCAAAAGAAAGAGUACAUCAAAGUAA